AUGGCUCCCAAGCUCGACGAGACACUCGCCUCUAUCCUCUCAUCACGCUUUUCUCAAGGCCGCCUUCGCCGCCUCACAAUUCCUUCUCCCAGCUCUGUCGACUUUUCUUCAAACAGCUAUCUAUCACUUUCGUCCAAUCCAGCUGUCAAAGCUGCCUAUUUGUCCUUCAUCCAACCAUACCUGCAAUCAACAGACUCUGGAGCUGGCUUUGGCCUGGGAUCUGGAGGUUCUCGAUUAUUAGACGGCAACUCAGCAUUCACAGAGGAUCUGGAAGAUCGAAUUGCUAAGUUUCACGGUGCAGAUUCAGGACUGUUAUUUAAUUCUGGAUUCGAAGCCAACACAGGGCUAUUCGCCUGUGUGCCGCAAAAGGGAGAUGUCAUUGUUUACGACGAAUUGAUUCAUGCCAGUGUUCAUGAUGGCAUGAGAUUAAGUAGAGCGCAAAGAAUUCCUUUUGCACAUAACAAAGUCUAUGAAGAUUCCGCAGCAGCAUCAGAAACAGCAAGCGAGAAGGGCAAACGCCAAUGCCUAGACUCCUUAUUGAGAAGCUUAACAGAGGGCGCUGAAGGAGUGGAUGUACGGAAUGGGAAGAAAAACAUCUUCAUAGCAGUUGAGGGAGUGUAUAGUAUGGAUGGAGAUGCAGCACCGCUAAGAGACAUUGCUGAAUGUGUGGAAAAGAGACUACCCCUGGGCAACGGCUACAUCAUUGUCGACGAGGCGCACUCCACAGGAAUAUUUGGCAACCAGGGCAGAGGGCUCGUCUGCCAUCUUGGGCUUGAAGGCAGAAUAUGGGGUCGUGUGCACACCUUUGGUAAAGCUAUGGGAUGCUCCGGAGCCAUUGUGCUAUGUUCUUCGGUAACGAGAUCAUAUCUCAUCAACUAUGCCCGCAGCUUCAUCUAUACAACCGCCAUGGCCUUUCCUUCUCUCGCCAGCAUACGCACAACCUACGAUUUUCUAGCACAGGGUCACGCGGAUCCUCUCCUUCAGCAUCUCCAGUCACUCAUCCUCCAAAUGCAUAACCUCCUCACUAAUACUAUUAAACAACAUCAUCCUUCACCAGAGUUAUUCCGCAUAAACCCUGAGACACCACAAUCGCCGAUUCUACCACUGUUUACGAAUCGAGCAAGGAACUUGGCGCAAUACUGCCAAGAGAGAGGCUUCACUGUGAGACCGAUUGUAGCACCGACAGUUCCAGCUGGACAGGACAGAGUAAGAGUAUGCCUGCAUGCCGGAAACACUGUGGAAGAGGUGGAAGGACUGUGCAAGGCAGUAGAAGAAUGGAUAACGGGUGCCAUAAAGAGCAAGUUAUAG